AUGCAUGAGGUGAGAACAAUGGACUUUGAUUUGCCUUUAGAAAUGCUUUCAACAUUACCAAUCCUACUUUGCAGGAUGCAUCUCACAUGUGGACCUUGUAACAAUUGAGCUCACAGCAAAGUCUCUGUGACUCAGUAGUAGAUCAUCAAAGUGGUGAAUCUGAAGGUCUUAGGUUCUAUUCCUCCUGCGGACUCUAAAUUGUUUUUUAGUGCCAUUCUCUUGACAAGAGAAAAAAAAUAUUUCACUAAUUGACUUCGAUGUUUGUUUUAACAGUUCAAAGUUUAAUUUCCAUGGGUUUUGCGUGAUUAUACAAAUAAUGAUUUUUGCCCUGUGGUUUCCUGUUGAAAUCUUUACUGCAGUUUUUUUUCCUAAGUGUGUGUUAUGGAUCAAAAUUUACUUGAAGUUUAAGUGAUAUCAAACUUCUGUAGGUUGAUAGGAAUUCUAACAAGACCAAAAAAAAAAUUUUUCACUAAUGGAUUUUGAUACAUAUUGAAACAGUUUAAAGCCAAUAUCCCAUGGGUUUUGAGUGAUUAUACAAAUAGUGAUUUUUGCCCUGUCUCAACAUGUGUUGUGGAUUGAAAUUUACUAAAAGUUCAAGAGGUGUCAAACUUCCAUAGGUUGAAGAGAGUUCUGAUAAUAUCUCUGAAACAAAGACUUUGUUAAUAUCAAGUUGAUGUACAGUUUAAACCACAGCUUCUGCAAUCAAUUAUUUCUAAAUAGGAAAGGUUUGACAACUUGCAGUAAUAAUAUUUGAUUGUGUUGUCUGAUUGUCCGGGUUAGAGUAGGCCUGGAAAGGACUGCUGUCGGCAGUAAAGACUGAUGAUUUGACAACCUUGGUGGAAGUCACCACUUGUGUCGAAUGAUUAUGACUUUAUGACUUCCACUUGUUAUGGAUAGUGACUGUAGAAAUAAGUAUCUUGACAUUUUCUGCUAAGAAUGUUUUGUCAUGCUGAGAAGCAUUCCAUGGAACAUAACAGAACAUUUCAUUAGGUCAUGUAGUUAUGAUGUAAUACCUGUCCACUGAAAUAGUUGUGUUGUAAGUUUCCGGAAUGUUCUAGAAUACUUUGUAAAUGUCCAUAAGGACUCAGUCCUGUUGUAGAAGUUGUUGUUGUUGGAAGUGAAUGACUGCUUGGAAAGCUAUACACAGAGAGAGAGUGCUACUGUGAAGAUUGUUUAAUUCAAGGAACUUUGGAGAAAACUGUGAGUUUGUGUCAGUGGUGAGGCAAGACAUAGAAUGUUGUGGGCUUAAGUAAGUUUAUUGAGGAUAAUUACUGUAUUUCCUGUUGGACUUGCUCUGCAUCAAAAAUAUUAAAAGUUGUUUAAUAAAGUAGUGAAGUCUUAAGGUGUAUAGCAUUCUUUCUGUUUGUUAGAUUAUAUUGUAACACACUGGUAUUGUUAAAACUUGAGUCACUUCUACCAACAACAGUCCUUCAGGGAACCACUCUCACCAGUAUGAUCAGACUUCUUAUGACAAACAAAUGUGAAGAUACAAGAUACAUAAUCUCACUGUAGCUCCAAAGCAUUAAUACAGUAAAUCUCAGGUUUUUUUUAAUACUUUAUUGAUGAGAAACAAAUUCUUCGCCCAAGAAAGAUGUGUUGAUAUAUCCAUGCAUUAGAUUUGGUUGUUUGGUAUUCAUCCUUAUUUUCUAACCAGGUGCGAGGUAAGGACAAUGUAGGAGCCACUAUGGAUUCCAUGGAUCUGGAACGACAGCGAGGAAUAACCAUACAGGUUGGUAUUAAGUAACAGUUCUAUGAUUUAUUUAAUAAACUACAGUUCAAAUGUAUGACAUUCAUGAAUAUAUAUUCACAGUCAUUUACUCAUCACUUUAUGGGUUUAUUACAAACCAACAAAAUGACCAGCUCCCAGUUGGCUUGUUAGUUCAGUUGGUAGAGCAGUGCACUUGUAUUGCAGAGGUCAUGGGUUCAAAUGUACAGGCGUGAAUUUUUUUCAGGCAUUAUUUUUGCUGCUGCUUAAAUAGUGCUCAUAAUUGUGACUUCAAAUUUAAGAUAUUCAUAUACACCGUAUGUAACAAACCACAGUUGAAUUGGAGCCUGGUUUGUGGCUAGAGAGAUCCGUCUUUAAUCUUUUUACAACUCCCACGAAUUCAACCUCAUUUGAUUUGCUAUAGGAAUAUAUAAUUUGGAGAUUGUAUACAUGGUUACCAUAACAACAUUGCUACAUUUUUUGCUGUAUGUUCACAGGGCAUAGUGAAGAUGGUAUGUGGUAAAUACAACAGAAAUUAUGGUGUUUCAAUAUUAUCUGCAUGAUGAAAUAAAAUUCUUUAUAUAUUUCAAGAAGAUUCAACUCUUUGUAUAUGUCUUUUUAGUCUGCAUCAACAUAUGUCAACUGGAAAGAUACAAACAUCAAUAUUACUGACACACCAGGUGAGGCUAUCAACCAUUUACUUGUACAUCCCAGCACAAGGCUGUUGGACUGUAAGUAGUUUUUUGAGCACUGUCAGUAUCUUAAGUGAUGUAAACAAUGUUAGUAUUAUAGUAUUUAGAUUUUGAAUGGAAAAAGUACCUUUCCUUCUUCAAGCUUUUUCACAGAUGAGUGAUCAGGUUUUCUAAAAUUGUUUAGUGUGCAAUUGUAGUUUGAACAUUUAUGGCACUUAUUUUCAAUUUAAAUCUGUGUUGAAAAAAUGAUAACAGUCCAAGCAUUGUGCUAUCAUUGAAAAAAGUUUUGGAUAAUGAAUUAUCGAUACAAAGUUAUACUGUCAAUACCUAAAUGUCUUCGGAGACAAGGUCAUAUUUGGCCAAAAUUUGAAAAACAAGUGAAGCCUUUGGGUUUUCCUUUUUUUAAAGAGGCACCUUCAUCUUGUCCUAAAUUUCAAAUAAAUGCACCGGGUGCUGGCAAUGUGUGAUAUUUAAAAGUUUACCUUCAAUUCUCAGAAUGGCUGCACUUUAGGUUCUUGAUGUCUUGCAUUUGAACCUUAUUUGGACCAUCCUGUAAACAAUAAGAAUUUAUUAAAUUAGCUACCAUAUGCAUCUGGGAGGCAAAAAGUUUGUUGUCACUUGAAAGUCCUUUCAGAAUUUUCCUUGAUAGAAUAUGCUUUGUAUUUUGAAUGACAUGAAAGUCCAAAAGUGAUGUAUAUUUUUCCUUCUUUUUUUCAGAAUGGGAGCAAUUCCAACCAGAGUUUUAAGUCAAAUUAGGUAAAAAUGGUUGGAGUGUUUGUUGUUUGAUUUUUUUUGUUGUUUACAUUAAAGAGGAACAUGUGACCAGUAUGGCAUCUUGAUUUUCAAAAUAUUGAUAAUGCUCUUUUUUGUAUUUACAUCAAGAUAACACAUUUGGGUAGGAACAGUAUAUUACAUUCUUCACAAACCACACAUCUGGCCAAAACUUUCAUCUAAGCGAGAUAAUUUAUUGGAAUGUGUACCCCUGAAAAAUUUAAAAAAAUAAUUCCUGAGAAUAGUUGAAAUGAUAAGGUCUACAGAAUGGAUGAUAGAUGGCAAAGAAUGUGGAAAAUUUUGUUGUCAUAAAAAAGUUAAAAUCCAGUUGUAAAGAAGGAACAAGGUAAAAAUUUAUGGAGAUAAAAAAUGAGAAACUGAAAAAAAUGUUUGCAAAAAAUGACCUGAACAGUGUAGCAUUAAACAUGUCAACUGUGAGGCUGCAAGUGAAUUCCUAUGGCUCUGUCAAAACCUUGGAUUGACUUUAACAUUUGCAAGAAUUGACAAGACCUAUGGAAAAGAUCAUCCACUAUAUUUGAGAAGAUACCUGUUACAUUUUUAUCUGUUUUUUUUUUAACUAUUAAAUUUGUAUGCUCAUAUUUGUUGUUUCACUAGAACUUGAAAAUUACUCGAGGAUGUGGAAAAAUUGCUUGUUUUUAUGGCUGAUAAUACACAAUGAAUAUCAAAGAGAAUUCUUAUAAAAAAUAGUGAAAAAAUGUAUUUUUCCCCAGAGCAAAGUUACAAGACACUGCAGCCUUCACCCAGUUGCCAAUUGGUUUGGAAUCUGAGUAAAAGUAGUCAUUGACCUUG